GCACAACGGAGGCCACGACAAGAUGUGCCGGUGCCGACUCUGGAAUAGUUUCGAGUGGGCGGGCGGCACGUGGCAAUGGUGCACUUCCCGUCAGCUUACAGCCCGCCGUGAACUCAAACCUCGACGGCUGCGACAGCUUUGCCAAGAAGCGAGAGGCCAACUACCUUACUUGCGCAGCCAAGAUUGUCGUAAUUUCCACCAACUAUCAUCAUAAGGCAACGAGACCUUACUUUCAUGGUCCCCGGACAAGGAGUCCAACGAUUGGGGCGGAUUGGCUACAUUCUUACCUAGGUACCCGAGCGACUCGGUGUGCUUACAGAUUAAACCACAUCGGUAUCAGUAUUCGGAAAAACACGAACAAAUUCAUCAAAUCAAUGUGCUGCUUCAAAAAGAAGAAAAGAAAGGUUGUCUCAAUAGAGUCUAAACCCUUCAACUUACUCUCACACGGGUAACCUAUCUACUGCUAAAAUAACGAUACUUGACUACGUCUUGCAUUUCCUUACUGUAGGUAGGUAGAUGGAAAACGGUGUUAUUAUUUGAGGUAGAGUAUUAAGAAACUAGCUCUUGAAUAAAAUUUGCCCUUGAUGACUCAAAUCACAACCAGCCGAGUUCUAAAAGCUUUCAUAAGUUAUUCAAGCUGGAGGAAUGUUAGACGCUGGGCUUCUGAGGUAGAAAAAGCGAGCAUUUGUAACAAACCUAUUGGUGCUCGCCACUCUAGGGCCCAGAUAUUUUAACACCAUCCAUGCACAACUACCCAGUGGACUUGAGAAUAAAAUGGCUCCCUUGUUUUCAAUGGGUGGGCUCUAGCAGGCGUUGAAGUAGGUUGAUUACAGGGACAGAG